CUGAGUAGGUGUACGAGGGAAGAGACGGAAGGGCGCCAUCAAAUGAGAAGUUAAAAUAUGAUGAAGAAUUCAUUAACAAUAAGUUAAACCAAGACUUUACAGCAUGGGGUACAUGGGUGUGUGCUGUGCCAGCCUGAAGGAUGACAAGGGUCUGAUGAAGAUGGGCCUGGGGCAGGUGCUGGUGGGGCAUGUCAACUUCCUGCUGGGGGCGCUGGUGCACGGCGCUGUUCUGCGCCAUAUCAACCUCCACAAGGAGGCCCGUGCCAUGGAGUACGCAAUCGCCAACGUCAUUGCACUGGUCGCCGGGCUCAUGGCAGUCAUCACAGGCAUCAUAGCCAUCGUCCUCUCCAAAAACAAGAAGAAUACAAUUCUGGCGUGGCUGCUGCUUGUGGUCAGCCUGCUGGCUGGUCUCCUGGCAACUGCCGCCACUGUGGGGCUGACUGUUGCCAUGGUGAAGGCAAUUUUGCACAACGGCCAGAGCCUCCUAACCCACUGUGACAUCCCAACGUCCAUCAGCUACUACAGCAUCACCACCGAGUGCUCCUUUGACCCUACUCGUAUCUAUGGCACCACCAUCAUUCUGUGGGUCCCGCUUAUCCUGAUGUGCGUGGUGGAGUCCGUUUUCUCUGGCCGCUGCUGUGCCGUCUGCUGCUCCUUCCUGCGCUUGAGCUGCCGAAAGAGGAGGAAGGUUACCAAGGCCCGCAGGGUGCUUGUGCGGAGACCAGAGGAAAUGACAUCGGGCUCUCAGGUGCAGCAACAUGACCAGGAGGCGGAGCCAGCGGAACAGCAUGAGCUGCUCAACAGGAACUCUCAGUCUCACAGAUCCACAGACUGGGUUUGAAGAUCACUAGUGCCAGGCCAGUGCAAUGCAUGGGCUCUUAACAUGACCACAUGUCUCUAACUCUGUGUGGGUAAGGCGGCCCCAACAUCCCACUACAAAACAUGAUUCACCCCCUAGUUGAAGGCAUGCGGAUGUGUUAUGCCAGGACAUCUUCUGCCCUCUUUCAAAAUCAUCAGACAAAAGCACUUCUUUGUAAUCAUUGGUUUACACUGGAGCGCAGUGAUCUUUGAACAGGCAGCAUGGACUUGCUUGCCCCAGAGCCCACUGCAUUGACCGCAGUACUCGAUGCAACAGUCAACUCUGGUCCUUCCGAAGAGACGAGGGUGUCAGGUGUUCCUGCAGACACAUGGUCAGUCAGUGGUCAGGACAACUUGGUGGAGUUUUAUUUUCUGUCUGAUUUACACAUACAAGGAGCGUGUGCAUACCUCUGUGUUCACAGACAGCAGCAUUACAUUUAAAUCCCUUUGUCAUUCCAAACUUUUUCACCCGCUUUUGGGGAGAACUAUGAGCAAAAUGAAUUUUUUUAUGUCUUCUUUAAUACUGUCAUUCUGCCUGGCACAACUGUAGACAUAUACAAACCCACAGAAAGCUGUUACAGAAGUGCUUAUAUAAUGACAUAUAAAAUGUGUAGGGAUUUUUGUGUGCAGUAUGUUACAAUAUUUAUGUUUUCUAAAUAAAUACUGAUCUCUGCCAUUACACUGGACAUUCCUUUUUUUGUUUGUUUUGCAAUACAGCAUGCAGAGUAAACAGCUUUUAUCUUGCAGUGUAUGUACAUUGAUGAAUUCGCUCAUAACGCCAAGAUUCUACGCACUAAGGGUUCUAUGACAAUGGGUAGGUGCGGGAUACUUUACAGAAUCCUUCAACAGAAACACAAGGUAGACUAAACUCUAGACUUGAGGGCUAGCAGGAAAUUAAAUGCGAUUGAAAUAGCUGGCACUUCACCAUGACGAAAAGUAACGCACAAGUCUUGCUGCAAAAGUUUCAUGCCCAAUAUUUACUUUGGCUUUUACUCUUUUAUGGAAUGUACACAAAUAUUAUUUUUAAAGGCCAUUUUAGAUUUUUUUUCCAUUUGUGGUAAAUAAGUCCAGAUUACCAACACACAUUGUGUAGGUGUAUGUUCUCAAUAUGAAAUCCUCACAACCAGUUAACCCUAGGCCUCAUAACUCCAAACAUCGUGUGGUUCAAACUGAUUCAGGAUCAUUGUUUGGGAGCUGAAAAUAUCUACAGCUGGAUGAGGCUUGCUUACUACACUGGCCGAGAAGUGCUUAUAUUUGCUUUCUAUAUCCAACACUCAAAAAUGUCCUGCCCUCAGAGCCAGAUGGACUGUAUGAUGGUAAUGGCCAAAUGCAUUCGGUGGCACUGGAUUAUUCUCAACAUGAGGGGGUCAUAAAUUUGAGAUCAAGCUCAGUUUUACUCUUCAUUUAGGCAGUGUUCCAGACUCCAGGCUGUAAAGGAGUUUCUCUCGUGCAUUGUCGCAUGACUCCCUGGUGGUUUCAUCCUGUGUCAGGCCACAUGAUCCAUUGCACAUGUUCCAUAUUGACCAAUCAGAUGCCAGUUUGCCUCGUGGGCUAAACGAAGCUUGAGUUAUGGGCAGCAAUUCAGAGCAGACUCUGCUCAUCCCUGCUAAUAUGUACAGUGUAUGGUUCCAUCUAGUCAUACAUGUAAUCAGUCC